AUGAACUCAUCAAGGAGACAAGAAGGGAGCCCCCUGGACCUGAACAACUUGCCGGAUGAGUUCGGCAAGCAACCGGUGGAGAGCUCAACGACCACCGCCGCGUCCAGCGCCGAAGCAUCUAGGAUUACUAAGAAGAAGAGUGUUGGAGGGAAGGAGGAAGCCGGCAAGGUCUACGAGUGCAGAUUCUGCUCCCUAAAGUUUUGCAAAUCUCAAGCACUGGGAGGCCACAUGAAUCGGCACCGGCAAGAGAGGGAGACCGAAACCCUUAACCGCGCCAGGCAACUCGUUUUCGGCAACGACAGCCUCGCCGCCGUCGGCGCACAGCUGAAUUUCAGGGAUGUGAACAUGGGAGGAGCUGCUGCUGCUGCUGCUCCACCGACGCUGCAAAUGGGAGGAGGCUUCCGCGGAGGCGGCGCCGGCAUCGGCGACCCGUGCCUCCCGCUCCGGCCGGUGCACCCACGGCUGUCGCCGUCGCAGCCGCCGUAUCAUUACCUCUACACGACGACGCCGCCGUCCACCUUGCACCCGAUGAGCUACCCGGCGACGUACCCUGCCCCGCCCCGCCAGCAGCCGGCGGUCGGCGACUAUGUCAUCGGCCACGCCGUCUCCGCCGGCGAUGCUCUGGUGCCGCCGCCGCACCGCGGCAGCUUCUCCUGCUUCGGAGCCCCGCUCACCGCGGCGGCGAACGUGCAGCCGACUGACAGCGCUAACUGCAACUGCAGCUUCGGGUGCGGCCACAACAGGAACGUGAACGCCGCCUCCUGAGCCUGAGCUGACGCGUACGUUUGAUGUGAUGAUGCAGUUAAGUUAUCAGUGUAAAUUAAGACCCAAGAGAUUAAAGUAUAUGCAGUUAUGCAUAAUAGGCGAUGCUGUUUGGAGGGCAAGAAAAAAUGGUUCAUGAUGUUCAGUUCACCUUAAAAAUCCACUGCUAAGUGAGGUACAUGUCUGCAUUUAUUGGAUGCAUGGUAAUCAAUUAUAGUUGUUUUACGAUGUUUU